AUGGUGACGGCGGAGCAGGCCUUCCAGGCGAACGCGGCGGCGGUGGUGCGCGACUACUACGUGGAGCCGCGAAUCGACUACCGCACGAUCUCGGGCGUGAACGGCCCGCUGGUCAUUCUGGAGAACGUCAAGCUGCCCAAGUUCGCGGAGAUCGUCAACUUGACGCUGGCGAGCGGCGAGAAGCGCCAGGGCAAGGUGCUGGAGGUGCAGGGCAGCAAGGCCGUCGUGCAGGUUUUCGAGGGCACGGACGGCAUCGACAACCGCCACACGCACUGCGAGUUCACGGGCGAUGUGCUGAAGAUGGCCAUCUCGGAGGAGAUGCUGGGCCGCGCCUUCAACGGCUCCGGCAAGGCCAUUGAUGGCGCCCCCGCCGUCGUCGCCGAGGAGUACCUGGAUAUCGAAGGCCAGCCCAUCAACCCUUCGUGCCGUGACUACCCCAAGGAGAUGAUCCAAACGGGCAUCUCGGCCAUCGACGUUAUGAACUCCAUCGCCCGUGGCCAGAAGAUCCCGCUGUUCUCUGCUGCUGGUCUGCCCCACAACGAGAUUGCUGCGCAAAUUGUGCGUCAGGCCGGCCUGGUGCAGCGCAAGGACGUCAUGGACUCGCACGAGGACAACUUCGCCAUUGUGUUCGGUGCUAUGGGCGUGAACAUGGAGACGGCUCGUUUCUUCCGUAACGACUUCGAGGAGAGCGGAUCCAUGCAGAAGACGGCGCUGUUCAUGAACUUGGCCAACGACCCCACCAUCGAGCGUAUUGUGACGCCGCGUCUGGCCUUGACCACGGCUGAGUAUCUUGCGUACGAGCGCGACCUCCACGUGCUGGUCAUUCUGACGGACAUGAGUUCGUACGCUGAUGCACUUCGUGAGGUGUCGGCCGCUCGUGAAGAAGUGCCCGGCCGUCGUGGUUACCCCGGUUACAUGUACACGGAUCUGUCGACGCUAUACGAGCGUGCUGGUCGUGUUACGGGGCGCAACGGUUCCAUCACGCAGCUGCCCAUUUUGACCAUGCCCAACGAUGAUAUCACUCACCCCAUUCCGGAUUUGACGGGCUACAUUACCGAGGGACAGAUUUACGUCGACCGUCAGCUGCACAACCGUCAGAUCUUCCCGCCCAUUAACGUGUUGCCGUCGCUGUCGCGUUUGAUGAAGAGUGCCAUUGGCGAGGGUAUGACUCGUGAUGACCACAGUGCUGUUUCGAACCAGCUGUAUGCUAGUUACGCUACGGGCAAGGACGUGCAGGCCAUGAAGGCCGUCGUCGGUGAGGAAGCUCUGUCGCUGGAGGACCACCUUUACCUGAAGUUCACGGACAAGUUCGAGGGUAAGUUCAUCGCGCAAGGACCGUACCAAUCGCGUGAUAUCUACGAGUCCCUGGAUCUGGCAUGGUCGCUCUUCCGCGCGUUCCCGAAGGAGCUGCUGAAGAAAAUCCCGAAGAAGCACCUGGACACGUACUAUGCCCGUCGGACGCAAGCGCGUGAAGAGAAGGAAGAGGUGCGUUCUAAGUAUCUACGUGUCUGA